ACGACCCCCUCGCCCUUCCGCCUGCUCCUGUGGCCAGCCUUCCAGAGCCCUGGCCGGCACCCCAAAUUCCGCUGGCCGGGCCGAACCCCAAGAGCCACUGCGCCGACUCCCAAGAAGGCCGGAGGGGCAGGAGGACAGCGGGCCCGUGAUACCGAGGGGAUACGCAUCGACUCUUGCCUGGUGCGAACCUAGAAGCUUCUCCUCAGUCCCGCGAGGCAGUCGGAUCCGCCAGCGACGCUUCCUUCCACAGGCUCCGGCGUGAACUGGUUUAUCGCUAACGCAAUCCCCAGCCUCUUGUUUUGCAGACUUCUCCGCGCCACGGCAACUUGACGAGUCGGACCCCAGGCCACACCCCCAGCUCUCCCGAUUGGUUCCGUUGAUUAUUCAAACCCGUGAAGGCCCCGCCUUCUAGCCACCGCUGCUUCCAAUUGCUGCUUGUGAGUCAGUGGUCUUUGGUGGGGCGACUCCGUAACAUUUGGAGGCCCCAGCGAGAUCCAGCCCACCGUCGCUGACUUACACCUGGUGGUCCGGAUCCUACCUCCUUCCCUGCAUGGCGCCGUCAUUACAGGCAUUACAAGCAGUGCGUCAGUGGAUCAGAAGCCAGGUGCCGUCCAGAAAAACUCUAACCCACUACGAAGGAAACCAAAAGCUUCUCUUCAAUCCCGAUGACCUGGUAUGGGUGAAGAAACUAAGCCCAGGCCAAUUAGAACCACACUGGGAAGGACCGUACCCUGUUGUCCUGAGCACCUCAACUGCGGCAAAGGUUGCUGGAAAGCAACAUUGUAUACAUCACACCAGACUAAAGAAGGUGGCCGAAAACGAAGGCAAAACAUGGAAACUAAGUCCCCAGUCCAAAAAAGGCUCACUCAAACUAAAGUUUGUUUGUUCCUAAGUCUUGUCUUUACAGGUCUCGGCAACACGAAGGCGGCCUCCAACCCCCACAACCCACAAGAGUUUCUAUGGACCCUUUCUCAAACCCUGAGCGGAAGACACCUACAAGCUGUCGCCAGCAACAAAACUAAGCAUGCGCCAACCUUUCAGAUCGACCUCUGUAAGUUGAUGGACAAAUGGAUGUGGGGGAGCCGCGGUUUCCCAAACCAAGGGGUCCUCCCAGACCAAAAAGGCUGUGACACUUCAGAAGGAAGCCAUGUCAUCGCCUCUGCUUCCAUAUACGGGUGCCCUAGUACCUUAGGAACCAGAAUUUAUCUGCCCGACUGUGGAACUCAUGAGGACUAUUAUUGUGCAAAGUGGGGAUGCGAAACCAUAGGCUCAUGGUUGCACAUCAGCCAUAGAGACCGCUUUAUUACGUCAGUCGCAUACAAUCCACCACCUCUAUUCGAAUAACAGUGCUCCAACCUCACAACUUUGUUUGGCAAGGAGGGAAAACUUGGGGACUAAGACUUUGGACUUACGGGUAUAAUCCGGGAACUGAAAUCACCAUACAAAAAACAGUAAUGCCAAGACCUAAAAUUUCCGUGGGCCCAUUGAACCAAGUACCCAUAAUAGCCCCUCAAGCACGUCCUACCCUCGCCCAACCGCCCCCAACAACCUCUGGGCAAACUACUCUCCCACUGAAUACCGCUAAAAUUAGUAACUUAGACAUUCCAAAAAUGGAGGAAAAACCUGCGUUAAAAACACUUGAUGUUAUGUUUUCCUUCUUAAAUCAUACUAACCCAAAUGUUACUAGUGACUGUUGCUUAUGUCUCAACCCGGAGCCGCCAUUCUACGUGGGAAUCGCUGCCAAUGCAUCCUUUGGAUCAUCAGACCGAGACAUCAAAAACCUGAGUAACGCAGACCAUUGCGGCUGGGGAAAGGAGCCUAAGCUAACACUUGGAGACAUAUCAGGGCAGGGACUGUGCAUUACCGCUUUCUCAACUUCAACAUCGCCUCAAAGGUCUGUCUAUCGGGACAUUUGCCAAACUUAUGUUCACCCCAGCAACAAGUCCAACCAAUGGUUCCAAGCCCCAAAUGGAACGUGGUGGGCAUGUACAAAUGGAAUUACCCCUUGCGCGUAUGCUCCCUCACUUACUAACAACCUUUGUAUUCUAACCCACAUUGUUCCACAGGUAUAUUAUUAUUCAGGAGAAGGGGGGCGUGAGCAUCUUAACCUUGACUCUCGCCACCUCUUGGGACGUUUCAAACGUGUGCCUGUGUUAGUUCCAGUUCUGCUAGCACGAGGAGUUGCUGGAGCUACCGCAAUUGGGAGUACAGCUCUAGUAAAAGGAGCUGACUUCACUUCUCUCAGCCUGCAAGUUAACCAUGAUCUCCAAGCCUUAGAAAAAUCAGUGACCGCUCUUGAAACCUCCCUAAGCUCCCUAGCAGAAGUAGUGUUGCAAAAUAGAAGAGGCUUAGAUUUGUUGUUUCUAAAACAAGGAGGUUUAUGCAUGGCAUUAGGAGAAGCAUGCUGUUUCUAUGUCAAUCAUUCUGGUGUAAUUAGAGAAGGUAUGAGUCAGCUUAGAAAACGACUGCAAGAUAGAGAAAAUGCUUUAACAAGCCAAGAAAAUUGGUAUCAAAGAAUGUUUUCAGCUUCACCCUGGCUCACAUCUUUGCUUAGUACUAUUGCUGGACCCCUUAUCUUGCUUAUACUAACGCUCACUGUAGGUCCAUGUGUGUUAAAUGCCUUCCUCAAGUUAAAUCAAAAACCGCUUACAAGACGUUAAGUUAAUGGUCCUUAGAACUAAUUACCAAGCUUUAGCAAACAUAGAAAGUGAAGAAUCAACUAUUUGAUUCAGUUACUAGGAGAGGAGGGAAUGUUAAGGCUCAAUAGAAUGAAGGAGCUUGACUUAAGCUACUCCAUUUUGAAUUGUGUUACUCCAUUUUGAAACUAUGUUAUCUCUAACAUGAAAAACAAGUCGUAAAAGUAAGCCACUAUCCAUUUUGAAUUGUGUUACUCCAGUUUGAAACUAUGUUAUCUCUAACAGAUGAAAAACAAGUCGUAAAAAGUAAGCCACUGUGACCUUGCACAUAUCCAUUUGCAAGUGUCAGCCAGGAACAUCUGGCACAAGAUAAACUGAACAGAACAUACCUAACUGCCCACAUCCUGUUAUCUUGAGCAAACAUCCCCAUUCUGUACUCUACCCCCUUCUCUUUGUUGGUUAGAAAGGUAUAAAAGGAAAAAGAAAAUUUUGCUGAGCGCUUCAGCUUUGGACCCUGCGUGGCCAUGCUGUAGCCCAAACUUGAGUUUGCCCUUUGUAAUAAAGUUUUGCUUUGUUACUCUGCA